AUUCUACUCGCAUGGCCUCGCCUACCGCCUCUCAGACUGGUCCACAGGACAGCGACGACGAGGACGAGCAGUUUUGGUCUGUGAUAGAAAUCCUUGGAGAGCGUGGCGAAAGAUACAAGGUCAAAUGGGAAGGAGAUGAUCCUCGAACAGGCAAACCCUGGCCUCCGAGCUGGGUGUCAAAGAAAGAUUGCACAGGCGGCUUGGUACAGGCAUGGGAAGACAAGAAAGCUGGGAAGAAAGGGCAGGUAGGGAAGAGGAAGACUAUCAGCACAGCUCGUGCUCUCACGACGUCUCCAGAGACAACAAAACGAUCGACACGUACCGUCUCUAAGACAUACAAAAAGCAUCGACCAAUCGCCGGACCUUACCAACUCGCGAUCCUCCUCUCUCUCCCAGUCUCGCGAACUCGUCAAGGACACGACCUAAAACUGGGAGUAGCGCUCAUGCAGCAGAAACGUGUCGAGGUCGCAGUGCCUCCACUUCCAUAUCCUGUAAUGAAGGAGAAGAUUCCGGACAGAAACGAGAGUCCUGCAGAGCUCUUUGAUGCUGUCUCAACCAUCAAAAUCGGUCCUCCCCGCGGUGUCAAACGAAAGAGGCCAUCCUCGGGUGCUGCCGCGAGAAAGAGUGCCCGCACAUCUAUUGUAAUCACCGAUUUUGGAGUAGAGGAGCCAAUGCACAUCGACGCAGUGGACCAGUAUGAAUCUCAUGGUCUCGAUGAAAACGACACACUCUAUACCCACAACGGAGACCAGUUUGCCCCAGAGGUUCAAUCUCCUUCCCUCACCCCACCACCCAGUCCCUCCUCGCGUACCCGGCCUAGCGCAUGGCUAGAUAGCCCGCCCAAGGUUACCCCGAUACCCAGCACCCCUCGUCCUCCAGUAGCAUCUGUUCUGCACACCCCCAUGAAAUUGAGAGUGAGACCCCGCAGCCCACAGAAUGUAGAGAAGCCAAUCGGAUAUGUGGAGUCGCCGAUUGCCGAUGAGGACCGACACACAGAUGUCAUUCUCCCAUCGGUGGCCGACGAAACAGAAAUAGAGGGGACUGCCAGCCAGAGACCCAUAAAACCAUUGCCGCUCUACUCUCGAUCGUCUCCUACUGUCCUACGCACGUAUCGUACGGCGCGGAAGUUGAAUGAGCUGGCCAGCUUUACUGGGCGAUUCCGCUCUCAAGAGGAAGGCCGCCAAGUCGCAUCCACGCUCGCCAUCCUGAAGGAGAAAGCCAGGGGCAAGGGCAAAGCGCGAUACGUCGAGUCUAGAGAGGUUGACGAGAUCUCGGACUUCGGCGAGAAUGGCCUCGCAUACCAGAGUGCUGCGAGACGUCGUGGGAGCGUUAUCACUGAGGAUGAUGAUGUCGGUGGGGACAGCCAGUUCGAUGACGCUCCUACGCUUUAUUCACCCGAGGAGAACGCCGAGCGCGACAUCACAGAGGAGGCUGAUGGGAAUGACUGGCUUUUUCAAUCAUCUACAGAGUCUAUCCCAGCCAGCGUUGCCGGCGGCCUGGUCCCAGAUGGUCAGGAGUCCUUCUAUUCUUCCGAAAUAUUGGGCAUUCAAGACGCGCAUGAUCCCAACGCGGACGCUCUCGUGCAGGAAUUGGUAGACACAUAUGUCGACUUCAGCGGCGGACAAGGCGAGAGACAGCAGCAGUCCCCUGCUGAAGAGCCCGCUGAGCUCUCGCUAGGUCCCGAACUCCCUAGUUCGAAGCGAAAAGCUGGGCUCCUACAGGAGGCGAGAGAGGUGCGGCGGAAGCAUUGGCUCAGGAAGAGCGCGCCUCUUCACAGGCUGGCACCUAUCUCAGAAGAGCUGCCGUUCACCGCGUCUCCGCAGCAGGCGGGUGUAGACAGUCAAAUUCCGGGAACAUCAGCAUUCCGACACCAGCCGAGAGACCUCUCGAUCAACCUUGAAGAAAAGGACGCUCAGAUUGCGCAACUCACGGAGCAGGUCGCCGAGUUGAACUUGAAGUUGGAAACGCUGCAGGAGGAGAACGUAGACCUUAGCACCGUGCGCAAGGAAUUGGGCUUGAAGUACUUUGAACACGAGCGAGCACAGUUGGAGAUGAAUGCUAUGCGUUUCGAGCUGCACGAGCGGCAGAUAUUGAUUGACGAUCUCAAACGGGACAAGGCGAGCGCCAAGGACGACUUAUCUGCUUUGGAGAACAGACUACAGGAACAACAAGGUCUACUUACGGAGACACAGAAAACCAAAGAGGAAGCGGAGACGGAUCGCCAGCAGCUCCGGGAGCGCUACAAUCAAGCAUCGGCGCACGCUUCCGACCUCCUCAAGGAAAGAGAUGAGUUGCAGAAACAGCUCGACCUCGCCGCGGGCCAGCUGAAGGACGGGUUGCCCAUGUUGAAGGGGGUGUAUGAGGAUCGCAUCAAGAAAAUGCAAGAAGACUUGGACAAAUGGAAGGCACUCUGCAGGAUGCUCAUGGACAAGGACGUGCGAUCGACCGACGACGUGCGCACGCGCGCCGCGAUGGAACCGCUCCUCAGAGAGGAGAACGAGAACUUGAGGCAGGAGAUAGCGGUGUUGAGGACCCUCUACGGGGACGGCGGCUCCGCCUCUGAGGAACCGAGACGCAACAGCGAGUCGGAGGUUGACAACUUUGUGUGCCAGUAUACGGGCGCGUCGGGCUCCGCCUCUGGCGUGACGCCGUGCAAUGCUGUGUUCUCGUCGCCUGAGGAAGUAAAAAAGCAUGCCAUAUGCACGCAUUAUCCGGAUUUGCAAAACCAUUUCUAUGCCGUCUCGUAACUUUCGUGCUCUAUAGCGUUGCUGCAGCUCAUG